GUUCCGACCGGACACAUAUUUCGUGACACCGCGGCGUCCCACAGCAAAACAUGUCCGACUAGAGAGUUUGGAGAAUGAAUGGAGGUUUGGCAGCAUGCAGGCGGAGUUUAAGGCCCCGCGGAGGCGCAGACGGGUCUAUGAGGAGCUCCAGGCCCCGCUGCCGGUGAGCAGCAGGCCGGAGGACAGCACCGACUACCGGGCAGAGCUCCUCAACCAACACGUGGUGGUCUGUCAUCAGGACCACAUCCAGAAGAUCUACAGCCAGGGUUACUUUGGUAAAGGGGUCUUGUCCAGAGCCAGACCGGACUACAGCAUCUCUGACCAAUGGGAACAACAUGAAGGUUUGUCUCUACCUGUCAUCUCACAAUCCAGGUAUGAGGAGCUCCUCAGGUGGGCGGGUUCCGCUCUCUCUGCUCAGGGAUUGGAUGAAGAUGCUGUCAAUCAAACCCUGCUCAGCAUCUCUCAGCCAGUAGAGAUGGAGGAUGUGAGGAGCGAGAUGAGAGGCGGAGGGGAGCCUGGACCAAAUGGGGGAGCCUGUCCCCACACAAAGAGGCCGUGGCCGGGGUCAGGGGUCGAGCCGGAGGCCAAGAAAAGCUGCAGGUUGGGCCCACAGAACCACGACCCUGAUCCCAGCUCAGAUCAGGACCCUGACCUAGACCCUGAUCCCAGCUCAGACCAGGACUCGGACCUCAACUCUGACUCUGACUCUGAUCCUGCUCCUGCUCCUGAUCCUUUGGUUCCCGGUCCUGGUUUUGUCCUAGUGGUCUCUGACAGUGAGGUGUGUGGGGCCGUCAGGGAGGUCCGGCGGACUCCGUUCUCUCUCACAGAGUACCUGCAACUCAGUCUGGAGGAGGCCUUCUUCCUGGUCUACAGUCUGGGCUGCCUGUCUGUCUACCAGAACCAGGAGCCCCUGUCAAUCAUCCAGCUGUGGAGAACAUUCCGCUCCCUGCGGCCCGACUUUGUGAGCUCGUUUGCAGCCUAUCAGCACUGUCGAAGCAGCGGGUGGGUCCCUAAAGAAGGGGGCGGGGCCAAGUACGGCGUGGACCUCAUGUUGUAUAGGAAAGGACCACCUUUCUACCACGCAAGUUAUUCGGUCGUAAUUGAGCGGACUGAUGAUGCGUUCAGGGGCUCGGCAUUGCGUCCGUUUUCGUGGCGUUCUCUGGCGGCUCUCAGCAGGAUCACCUCCAACGUCUCCAAGGAGCUGAUGUUGUGUUACGUCAUCCAUCCAGCCGACCUAUCAGAAGCUGAGCUGGACUCACCUGUCUGUCUGAGCAGACUGAAGGUUCAGAAAGUGAUCGUCAGCAGGUGGGUUUCCUCCAGGGAGCGAGCGGAGCAGGAAGACAUCUGAUCGGCUGACAGGAGAAACUGAUUAUGUCACCGUGUGACGUCCCAAAGAGACUGAUGACAUCAGCCAAAAGAAGAUGAAAUUAUUUUUGGUCAUUAAAGAGACAGAAACAGGAAGACAAUAUCAGAGAUCGGGGUGUCCCUGAACGCAGCACGAGUCCUCACGAGGACUUAAAGACCAGCGGAGGUGUGUGGUGCUGCUUCAUGCUCUGUUACUUGAACAAUAAAAAAAUGAAAUAGAGCUGCACAACUGUGGCAUCUCUAAUGUGCAUCUGUCUCUGAGGGGUUAAUUUACUUCUUUAUUUAAUUUAAAUUUCAACCUGCUCUACUGCAAUGACGUGAAGAUAUUUGUGCUGC